AUGUCUACCCCAACGACACAGAAAGCUUGGAUCGUCGAAAGAAUGGGACAUCCCUCAAAGGCUUUGACGUUCCAUUCAGAUUGGCCUGUUCCAAGUGAAAUUCCAUAUAACCAUGUCCUGGUAAAAAUACAAGCUGCUGCACUCAACCCAGUGGGGUACAAAGUGAUGCAGAUAGCACCCAAUUUGAUCGCCAAAAGGCCUUUGAUUGCCGAAUACGACUUCUCUGGCGUUGUUGAGAAGAAGAACGGCACGGAGUUCGAGAUUGGCGAUUCUGUAUUUGGAUUCGUUCCUCUCCCUUUGCACUCGAAGACGAAACAAGGCACUUUGGCCGAAUACGUGCUCAUAUCAGGGACCUGCGUAACGAAACGACCUUCCAACGUCGACGCGAUCCACGCGGCUGGGUUGACGCUGACAGGGCUUACUGCAUAUCAAUGCUUAUUCACCGACGCGCAACUGGAAACCGGCCAGACAGUCUUCAUAUACGGCGGAAGCACGUCAGUGGGUCUAUUCGCAAUCCAGAUAGCGAAGGCGCGUGGGAUCAAGGUCGUCGCAAGUGCCUCCGGAAGGAAUGAAGAACUGGUGAAGAAAAUGGGCGCAGAUGAAUUUAUCGACUAUACGAAAGAACCAAUACAUAAAUAUCUCACUUCACACCCUCCCGAAACCAAGUUCGAUGCCAUAAUCGAUGCGUAUGGCCUGUCGGACCCGUCACUGUACACCAAUAGCCCCGUAUAUCUCGCACCUGGGGGAGUCUUUAUAUCGACCGCACCUGUGCCUCAUAGCCUUUCGAUGAAAGAGGUCGGGAAUUUCACGAAGACCGCUGCUGCAAUGAAGUGGCCUUGCUGGCUUGGUGGCAUCCCAAGGAAAUUUAAAGUCGCUGACGUCCAUGAGAGUAAGGCAGAUCUCGAGGUGUUCCGUGCACUGGUCGCUGAAGGCAAGGUUGUCGGAGUCGUGGACUCGGUUUAUGAGUUGGAAGAUUCGCUUAAAGCCUAUGAGAGACUCAUGUCUUCAAAAGCGACCGGUAAGGUCGUGGUCAGGAUAGAUAAAUCUCUUGAAGUCAGUAGCACGGUCUGA